GACCAGUGCAUUCCCUCCCGCAAAGUCGCAGAGACCAUUGACAAGCAAUCACCCCGGCGACCCCAGUCAUGGCAAUCCUACUUCCAUACACCCUCCAGACGUAUGUCGGAAUGAUCCAGAAUGGUGGAUCUCCAAAAUACCGAAGACUACCUCGCAAAGGCGCACACCUCGCCGACCCGGGGUGCGAGAAACUAUCGAAGGCGCUUCCGCCGUCAUACCUGCGUGGGGAGCUCGAGAAGUACAAUCAAAUAGAGACUGUGAUGGAGGAAGCAAUCAAGCACGUACGGAGGCGGAGCAAAUUACAGUCGGUGUUCCCUGCAAUCUAUCGCGACGAAACUGUGAAGCGAUACGCAGCAAAUCUGAGUGCAUGCAAAUCGGAUGUGAGCAAGGAAGAUCUGAAGAACUAUAUCCGAGUACGGACGCGAUUCGACCUCGAACAAGCGGCGGCGGUGGUUGUUUCGGCGUUCGUGAAAUAUGGAUAUGUGGAUGGCGCAGUGCGACUAGUCAGAGAGCUGGGAGGAGUUCUGGCUGCAAGCUGUAUGUGGGUCGAGCCAAACGUCCCUUUACCGACGCAGCAGGCUGUCUUCAACUGCCCGGAAAGCCUAGCGAGAAAGCUGCAGCUCUCAGCAGCGAAGACGGGAAUGGAGAUCCCGCUGGCGGCGAACUAUCGGGAGCUCGUGCCGUUGCUAAUGCGCGUUCGACGAUGCAAGCCGGAUACCAGAUGUCUGAAUAUCCCUCAGUGGAUGUUCGAGGAAGCCGGCCUUGAGCCACCAGCACACUUCAAGGCGGCCUUCUGUAGAGGAAACGGCGCAACGAAUCCGGUGGCUCCAAGCGAAGCGAAUUCGAUCAUCCUCUCUCGAAAGCACUUCCGAUGCGAUCAGCGGCAAAUAUACCGUCUGUUCCGGUACUGGAAGCCGGACAUCAGGCUUCGGAAGAGCAUCAAGAAGCUCGAAAACAAGGUGCUGCAUGGGGGCUCCUGGAUCCAACAGCGCGCGCUCGAUACAGACGAUGUGGCUCUGAUCUGUUAUUACUUCUUCCACUUUCAGCGACGGCUACAGAGGAAGGUAGUAAGCGAUAUCACCGGUUGCAGCUUCCUGGGCAAGGGUGAAGGAGCUCAGCUGUACCAGAACAACCUCGCCAUAAAGUCCACCUUCGAGAAAGUCUUGCUCGACAUUGCAGAAUCCAACGGCGAAGGGGUCAUCGUUGCCAUGGGCGAUGAGGACACGCUCGCUCUCAUUGACGAGACAUGCCUGCUGAUGAAAGAAUACGUCGACAUCUAUGGCGGAGGAAGCACCGAAAAGCUGUCGUUUAAGAAGGGUGAGGCGGGAGGCCGGGGUCGAGGACCGGUGGAUGAGUAUAACCUGCUAUGUGAUGUGCUGGCCCACUUGCGACAGCAGGCCGGAGAUGAGGGUAUUUUGGAUGUUCCUGGGCCUACGAGAAAGUUCUUAGCGAAGGACAUCAUGCAUUGGAACAAUGCUUGGGAUGACGACGCGUUCGCUGGAGGAAGGAGGGCUGGAUGGGAGGACUGGCUCCAACAGCGUGCGCUUAUCGAGGAUGAGGGCUGGGAUGUUGUGGUGAGACAAUCAUCAUCGACGAAGGGUGCAUAAAGUCUUUGGGAGACCUCAGGACCCUUCUGUAGCCUCUGCCAGGAGAUACCGUGGUGGUUCGUGCCCAGGCCUCGGCUGAUCAAGGAUUUCAUUCGCUCCUAGUCCUAAGAUAGAAUAGCACACAAAUUUCUAC